AUUGCAGUAAGACAGACGCAGAACCCAAGGAAUCGUCAUUCACUAAUUCUACAACACAAAGUUUGAGGUUUGAAGCCGCACUCUUUGAGUGUUAUGCUGUAACGCAUUAACUUUCAGUUUUGAUCUGUAGAUUGCCUGAUUUACUCGUUGUUAAGUUCUACCAUUUGUCAGUUGUCUUUUAUUAUUAAAUCGACAGUAAUCUGGAUUGUAUCUAAGUUGGACUAUGCCUAUAAUUUCUAUACUACAGGCAUCACCUUUUAUCGCAGUACCUUACAUUGGAGCAUUCAUAAAUCAACGAACUGUUUAUAGGAACUUGUCCUGGCAUCGUAAACUUAAAAGACCUUCAUUUUCGCCUCCCAGAUGGACUUUCGCACCUAUUUGGUAUACACUUUAUGGUUGUAUGGGAGUAGCAUCCUAUUUGGUGUGGAGAGAUGCUGUACAGGAGGAAGCUUUACUUCCUCUGGCUGUCUAUGGGUUUCAGCUCUUACUUAACUGGUCUUGGAUACAUAUCUUCUUCGGGAGACAUAAACUUAAACAUGGUGCUGCUGUUAUCUUGGGUGUUUUGAGCGGUGCUGGAGCUUGUGUCUGUUUAUUUCGUCCCAUAAGUGUGAAUGCCAGCAAUCUAAUGAUCCCAUACGCUUUGUGGUUAACAUAUGCUUCAAUCGUCAAUCUCCGUACUGCUAUGCUCAAUGACUGUGAUUAG